UUUUGUUUGUUAUCUCUUUCAUGGCCAUCCAUGCUUAUGAAUCCUAACAUGGAAGCCCACAAUUUGCUCGCACUGUUCCCAUCAUUUGCGCCGUGUGUAUGAUUUCUUUGGAAGGGUAAAUUGUUUUUCUUUGCAUCUGAAUGAAGAUAAUCCUUUUGACAGCUUUCUCAUGUUUAAACCUUUGUCCUUGAUUCCAGCUAUUCUACUUUCUCUUCUUUUAUGCAACACUCCAAAGCUUCUCAUGAACCUCUCUCUGCCCAUUUUUUCUAUCAUAGUCUUCUGCCUUUGUUUGCCUGUUUUGUGUCUUUUUCUACCUCGAAACCAGCUAGCGUUUCCUCUGCUUCCUCUGUUUUCCCCGCAGAGAAUAAAGAACAUUCUGUCUCUGAUCACUGAAUUUUCUCGGAAUAUUUCAUCCAUAAAUCUUUGCAAAAGAAAAGCUGCUGCUCUUUUGUCUUUUAUGUUCCUCAAAUCCACAGAAUUCUAGUCAUGCUCCUUUGUUGACUUGUUAUGGUUCAACGAAUCUUUGUCAAUGUUUAAGACUUAAAUGUUCUUCUUCGCCCACCAUAGUUGAAUCCUUUUUUACCUAGACCACUGAGUAUUCCCAUUCUUGAAUUUCUCCAAGUCCUCCAAAAUCCUCUUGACAAGCCCUUUUUUUGCUUGUAUGUUUUGAUUUCUGAGUGAGAAACCCACAAGUUGUUGUUGUCAUCAUGAUGUGCUCGGAAACAAGUCCUAGGCUAUCAUUUUCGCGCGAUCUAGGACAAGCAGAUGAUUUACCCAUCGAACUCAAUGAAUCGAGAAGGGAUACAAUGCUUUUGGAGACAUGUUCUGAUUUUGAGUUCAAUAUCUGCAGCUUUGAGCAGCAAUCUUCUCCAGCAGAUGAGCUAUUUGCAAAUGGAAUGAUACUUCCUGUCAGGCUCCAAGAGAGACAAAGAGUCCAAAUAUGCGAACUCCCACCUCCCGUUUCGCUUCCUCCACGUCCGAAACCAUCCACAGCUGGGGAUUCGAAGAAAGACAGCAUGCGCCAGAUAAGGCCUGCCAGUUCUGAGUCGGAAGAGAAGCCACAGUCCAAGUCCUUUUGGGGUUUCAAGAGAAGUAGCAGUCUCAACCGUGAUAUUAAAAAGAGCUUAGUUUGCUCGUUACCACUUCUUUCUCGAAGCAAUUCAACGGGCUCAGCUCCAAAUCCUAAACGCUCUUCGAUAAAGGAUAUUAACAAGCAUACUUCGCAAAAGCUUUCAAUGACAAAGUCAUCAUCCUCAUCAUCAUCAUCACCAUCAUCAUGCUGUUCUAGUUGCAAUGCUUAUCAGUUUCCGCAGAAGCCUCCUUUGAAGAAAAACCCUGCGAAUUCUUAUGGCAGUGGUGUUCGAAUCAGUCCUGUGUUAAAUGUGCCACCACCUUACAUCUCUAAAGGAACAGCAAAUCUCUUUGGUUUAGGUUCUUUCUUACGCAAUGGCAAAGACAAGAAGAGCAGGAAAUGAAUUUUUCAGUCCACAAAUUUCAACCAAGACAAAUCUGAUUUUUUUUUUUUUAGACUGUUUAGAUGAUGCUGAUUCCUUUGCUGAUCCAAGUCAUGUCAAACAACCUGGAAGAUUGUAUCAGACUCGACCAGACGGAAUCUGAGAGAGAUCUUAGUUGUACAGGACAAAUACUAUAAUUCAAAAGAAGAAAGAUUUUGGGAAGUAUGUUCAUGCACAUCUCGAAAUUGUCACAAGCUUAGGAGACAGGAAAACAGCCCUGGCCCCUGGCCCUCUCUUUGUUUCUGUCCAGCAAAUUGGCUUGGCAGAUUGUGAGAAUGGUGUUAGGCCAGGAACAAAGCAUUUUUCACAGUACCCCAUCAUUUCCAUAAAGUAGUGAUUUCUUUGCUGGGGGAUCAAGAUUCAAGCCUCCUUUCCAUCAACCAGAAUCAUAGAAUUAUUCAUCUUUUUGGCAAAAAUACUGCUCAGGGUGUCUACUUCAAUGUACAGAAGCUAGGAAGUAAUGAGUUGCGACAGAAAUAAGCUUGGGAAUUUGGACAUCAAUUACCUGUCGAGUUUCAUGGCUUAUUAGUAGCAUUUAUAGAGAGGCAAAAAUGGCAAAAGUUGAUUCAAAAAUCUAUGAAAGAGAUCUAAUGGUGCCUCCCGCUUUGUAUCGUACUAGGCAAAGAGUAUCUUACCUUUUAUCUUGUAGAUUUUGGAAUCCAAAUUUGAAUAUAAAAGUGUGGAUUUAUUUUAAAAAGUACUUUUAUCAUUGACUAAUAGAUGUACUUUCAAAUAAAUAUGGGAUUAAUU